CCCAGCAGGCCUGUAUGCCCCUUGCCGGCUGGGCAGUCCUGUUCUCCGGCCUGCGUGCUCAGCACCGGGGUCCAGGGGCCGACAGAGAGGAUCCCAGGUGGGCACCAGGGCCUUUCUUCCUUGCGAGUGAGUGGGCUACAGGGCGCCCCUGCGGCUGCACUGGUAUCCAUGGUGCGGAACGUGGAUGACCUGGACUUCCACCUGCCCUCGCAUGCCCAGGACAUGCUGGACGGCCUGCAGCGGCUGCGCUCGCAGCCCAAGCUGGCCGAUGUCACGCUGCUGGUGGGGGACCAGGAGCUGCCCUGCCACCGCGGCCUCCUGGCACUGAGCAGCCCCUACUUCCACGCCAUGUUUGCUGGCGACUUUGCUGAGAGCUUCUCGGCGCGCGUGGAGCUGCGGGACGUGGAGCCCGCCAUGGUGGGGCAGCUGGUGGACUUCGUGUACACGGGCCGGCUGACCGUCACGCAGGGCAACGUGGAGGCCCUGACCCGCACAGCCGCGCGCCUCCACUUCCCCGCUGUGCAGAAGGUCUGCGGCCGCUACCUGCAGCAGCAGCUGGACGCCACCAACUGCCUGGGCAUCUGUGAGUUUGGGGAGCAGCAGGGGUUGCUGGGCGUGGCUGCCAAGGCCUGGGCCUUCCUGCGAGAGAACUUUGAGGCUGUAGCCCGGGAGGACGAGUUCCUGCAGCUGUCCCAAGACCGGCUGGCCACCUGUCUGGCAAGCGACCUGUUGCAGGUGCAGCCAGAGCAAAGCCGGCUGGAGGCCCUGCUGCGCUGGGUGCGCCAUGACCCGCAAGCCCGGGCCACCCACCUGCCGGAGCUGCUCAGCCUGGUGCACCUGGACGCCGUGCCCAGGCCCUGCGUGCAGCAGCUACUGGCCACAGAGCCGCUGAUCCGGGAGUCAGAGGCAUGUCAGGCGGCCCUGUCCCAGGGCCACAACGGGGCUCUGCUGGCCCUCCCGCAGACACAGACGCUGGAGGAGGUGCUGGUGGUGGUGGGUGGGCGGGCGCUGGAGGAGGACGAGGAGGGCGCCGAGGAGCCGGCUCCCCACCCAGGGAACUUUGCCUUCUACAACACCAAGGCCAAGAGGUGGAUGGCGCUCCCGGACUUCCCUGACUACCACAAGUGGGGCUUCUCCUUGGCAGCGCUGAACAACGCCGUCUAUGUCACAGGUGGCUCUCGGGGCACCAAGACGGACACCUGGUCAACCACGCAGGCCUGGUGCUUCCCGCUGACGGAGGCAGCCUGGAAGCCCGUGGCCCCCAUGCUGAAGGCCCGUACGAACCACGCCAGCGCGGCACUCAAUGGGGAGAUCUAUGCCAUCGGUGGUACCACUCUGGACGUGGUGGAGGUGGAGAGCUACGACCCCUACACGGACACCUGGACGCCUGUGAGCCCAGCCCUCAAGUAUGUCAGCAAUUUCUCGGCGGCCGGCUGCCAGGGCCGGCUCUACCUGGUGGGCUCCAGCGCCUGCAAGUACAACGCGCUCGCCCUCCAGUGCUACAGUCCCGUCACAGACACAUGGAGCGUCAUCGCCUCCCCCUUCCUCCCCAAGUACCUGUCCUCGCCGCGCUGUGCUGCCCUGCAGGGGGCGCUCUACUUGGUCGGAGACAACACCAAGAAGGUCUAUGUGUACGACCCAGGGGCCAACCUGUGGCAGAAGGUGCAGUCCCUGCACAGCCUGCAUGAGAACGGUGCGCUGGUGCCGCUGGGCGACGCGCUCUACGUGACCGGCGGCCGCUGGCAGGGCAUGGACGGCGACUACCACGUGGAGAUGGAGGCUUACGACCGCGGGCGCGACGCCUGGGUCCGCCACGGCGCCCUGCCCCGCCUCUGGCUCUACCACGGGGCCUCCAGCAUCUUCCUGGACAUCUCCAAAUGGACGCAGCCCUUCAGCCCCGCCCAGGAGCACUGAGCGGCUCCUCGUCAUACCUGGGGGGGCCAGCAGAGCCCCCACCCCUGUGGGAUGGCCCCCCUCUUAUUUUUGCUUGUUUGUUCACUAAGUGCCACUGUCCCCUCCAGGGCUUGAGCUGGGCUCGGGCCACCAGGGACGUCAGAGGACACAGCCUUGCUCUCCGCAGCCACCACCCCAAACUCCUAGCUGACCCAUGGCAAGGGCUGGGCCUCAGGAUGCCUGUAUAGAGGGGAGACCUCAGAAGAAGGAACUGAGGGCUCCGAGGAAGCAUUGUGAAAACUCUCGGACUCUCUGAAUGUUGGCCCUUCCGGGCUGUGUCCCACUGGUGGUUUUUGCAGGAGUUGCACAAAUGAAGGGUGACACGGAUUGGCCGGGGAAGCUGAAGCUGUUGGAGAGGGUGGGCACAGAGCAAAGGGCCCUGGGGUGGGGUCAGCACCAGGCCUUCAUGGGCCUGCUUCUGCCUGGCCCACAGCUGUGUGACCAUAGUCAGCAGCUGCCCCUCUCUGGGCCUCAGGCACAUGGGGCCGGCUCCGGUGGGCUGUCAUCUCUCCCUGCUCCCAGCCUUGCAUGCUGGCACCUUGUUUCCAAAGCUUGCUCCUGGGGACCCAGGAGGCCCAGCCCUUUCUGUGCCACAUCUCCCAGGAGGACAGCACCGAGGGAGGCACUGGAAGGAAGGAUGUGGGGUGUGGGGGCCAGGAGAGAGGGCUUUUCUGCCUGCCAGGGGUGUGCGACUUGGGAGGGAGGGCCAGCAAAGUCUUCCCAGGGAGGUGAGCAGGAAGAGGUGCUCCCUGGCCAGGAUUCCCCCUGUUUAUAGGGGCGGUUCCCUUCAAAACCAAGGCUCUUCCUCAGAGUGGAGGUCCCCAGUGGGGCUGGGGGUCCUGCAGGGAUUUCCAGGAAUGCCUCUUGGGUGCGUUGGUGGCUGACUCCCAGAUGACUUCCUGAGCGAGGCUGGCAUCCAAUGGGCUCCUCCUGCAGCACGUGGUGUGACUCAGGGUGGCUCAGGGCUCUCCCAGAGCCCCCGGGGCAGCCGGGGGCCCCUCACAGAGCUAGCUCAGCCUCCCUGCCCCUUCUCCCUCCUCCUGAACGAGGCGCAAGUUUGUGACCAAGGGGACAACAAAGGACUCCCACUGGGCGCUCGGUGGCCUCCCCCUUUGUCACAGGCUCCAUCGGGGGACACAGGGCUGCAAGUCGGGAGUUCCAGGCCCAGCCCUGGCACUGACCAGCAGAGGCCUUGGGUAGCUCCAGUCUCCCUCUGGACCUGGGGUUCCUCUCCAGGGUCAGCCCACAGGCCCUCCGUGAAUCCAUCAGGGACCAGAGAGGCCUCUGACAUCCCUGGUUCUGAGGAAGGAAUCCCCAGGUCCCUCCAGCUUGCAAAGAUGCAGAUCCACCGGGCUCCCAGACCUGACUCCUCACGCCCGGAUCUCUUGGUGGGGAAUGGAGUUGGCCCCACAGGGCCCAGAGAGAGCAGGGCCUCCUGAGUGUCUGUUCCCAAGGCAGCAGGAGUCCCGGACCUGAGGACACCUAGCCAGCUGGUGGAGUGGGUAAAAAUGAGGAUGAAGGUUUCUGGGAUCCUUGAAUCUUUCCGUAAGAAAAUCUUCUGAAAUGUUUUCUAGACAAUUCUUGAAGUUACUCAGCUAAGUGCUGUUUCAAAAUAAAGACUCAAUAUGUCAAAA